AUGUCUCAAAUAAAAAUUCCAUUAAUACCAGCCGAUUGUUUACUUUGUCAAUCAGCAUAUGAAGUUGACAUACAACUUAUUGAUGAACAAUUAAUUGGUAAUCGAACAAUUCAACGUAUAAAAAUCUUUUUAAAAAAUUUCGAAAUUGAAGAUUCAUCUUAUAUAUGUUUAAUAAAAAUUUGUCCAAUUAUAGUUGAAUAUGGAAAUGAUGGAAUAUUCUUAAAUAUAACAUCAACAUUAUUUUCGCAUGUUUUUCUUUCGUUAAUCUAUUUUAAUCAGUCAAUAUUAUGUUCAAUUCAAACACGUUUUACUAUUUUCUCCAAUAAAACAUCGUUAUCAUGUACAAAUGAAAUUUAUCUCCAUCCUCGUUUAAAUAAUUAUAUUUCGACACAAUUAAAAAUUUAUAAUUGCCGAGCUAAUCUAUUCUUUGAACAAAAUAUUUAUCAAACGAGUAUUAAAUUUCAACAUACGAAUUUUUCAACAUAUAAUCAAACAAUAUCAAUAAAAUCAUUAGGACAAAUAUGUGAAUAUAUAUUAGAUAGUACAAGUUAUCUUGGUAAUAUAUCAACAAUAGAAAUAAAUGAAUUAUUAACUACAGUAACAAUACUUCCAUUUUAUAAUCCAUGGAAAAAAGAUAUUCAAAUAUUAGGAUCAUGUGGAACGACAUUUAUUUCAUAUCAAGAUAUGUUUUUUACGAAUGAUAUUGUUAAUAUUCGAAAUAUUAAUGUAGAACAAGGACAAACUAUUCAAUUACAUUGUCCAAUUAAUGGUUCUCACAAAUAUUUGAAAUAUACAUGGUAUUAUCAACGAUAUCAACCGAAAUAUCAGAUAUCUAAUAAUCGAACAAUUAUAUUACGUAAUAUCACCGAACAGAUGCAAGGUAAAUAUAUGUGUGUCGGUGAUGAUGGGAAUGAAUUAUUAGAAUUUGAAAUGACAUUACAUGUAUUUACGCAUAAUAAAACAAAUAAGAUUUCCUUUCAUUUUAUCAUUAUAACAAUUCUGUUCAUUAUUCUUAUUUUAUUCUGUAUUAUAAUAACUCUUAUUAUAUAUUAUUUACUGAGAAAAUCUUCUUCAAUAGAUUAUUCAAUAGAAAAACGAAAUUCUUUAACAAUACAUCAUGAUGUUAGAGUUAAAAUUCAACAAUCAUCUGGACAACAAAUAGGAAAUUCUUUAUGGAAUCAAGUACCAUAUCAUACACUUGAUUAUAUUGAUGAACAACCAAUAUAUCAUAUAGUAUCAACUGAUAAUCCAUCGAAUCAGUUACCGCAAAUACCAUCAUGGUCAUGGAUAAAACAACCUACUUCAGAUAAAAAACAGAUUCCACAUCGAUUUUCUAUUCGUCACCGAAAUAUAAACGGACAAUUACCAACACAAUUAGCAGUUAAUAUUCCAUCUAAUAGUAAUAUGACCGUUUCAUCUAUAGUUAAAUUUAAUCAAAUAUCUGAUCUUAUCAAUGGUAAUAUUACAGAACAAUGUAAUGAUAUGGAAAUACUUAAAAUAUCAGUUCCAUUAUUGAAUCAUUAUCCAUUAGUAAAAUCUACAAGUUCAAUUAUUUCAUUUGAUAGUCAAAUUGAACUUGAAGAAUUCAAUAAAAUGACGACUGUUUGCAUGGAUACUGAAUUAUAA